AUGAGUAUAUGGUAUUGUUUUGGUAAUGUUAUUGGAUAUGGUGUGGAUUUUAAUGUAUAUACAUCUCCAGGACGUUUAUUAACUGCUGGUUUAUAUAUCUUAGGUUUGAUAUUAGUAGCAUCGUAUACUGCAAAUUUAGCAUCUGAACUAACAAUAGCAAAAACAACUGGUAUUAUUUCUGGAAUUGAAGAUAUCAAAAAUGGAAAAAUACCACUUAAUCGUAUCGGUAUUUUAGUACAAUCAUCUCAUGAAGAAUAUUAUUUAAGAGAAGUAUCUAAUGGUGCUCGAACUUAUUAUCCAGUACACUCUGAGGAAGAAUUGUGCAGCAGUGUAGCAUCAGGUUUAGCUGAUGCAUCUAUUAUUGAUAGUAGUAGUGCUGAAUAUUACACGAAUAAUAUAUAUUGUAACUUAACUAUAAUUGGAAAUGGUUUUAAUCAAAAUACAUACAGUAUUGUUAUUCCUCAGGAUUGGAUAUAUACACAAGAUUUAGAUGUGGCUAUUCUAUCAUUAACAGAAUUAGGUGAACUUAAUAAGCUAAAAAUAAAAUGGUUUCAAACAAAGAUAUGUCCCGAUCCCGUUCAACAAUCAAGUAAUAUUAGCAUUGAAGCAAUAUAUGGAUUAUUUCUAAUUUUUGGAAUAAUUAGUAUUUUAUCAUUAUUAUUAUUUGCAUGGAAGAAACGAAUUAAUAUAAAAAGUUAUUUAUCUAAGUUGAUGCAUGGAGAGAAAGUUUCAGCCGAAACAAAUGACUCUAAUAAAAGAGACACAGACGAAAAUUUUGAACGCUCACAACAUCAUCAACAAAGAUCGCCAGAUAUUUAUGCUUUCUAA